ACGUACAUUGUUUUGUGGGAACCGCGCAUUCCUGCGAGUGUUGCGGCACUGCAGCACACUCCCACACACCCCCUCGGCGCGGUCGGCAAACACACGCCGGGCGGAUCGCGCGCAGGGCAGCCGUAUGCACGCAUGCACGCAUGCAAAUAAGAUAAGAUAAACACGGACCGGGGAAACUGCGCGGGCGCCGCGCCUCUCUUUCUCAAAAAGGGAGUUCAGGGGCACUUCCACCAUUAGCGGCUUCCAUGUGCGUGAAACGAGACGAGCGCCGUGCACACCUGACACGAUGUCCGGAGACCAGGAGGGGACCGGAUCCCGGUCGCCGGGCGGCGACGGGAGGCCGCAGAAGGGCCGCCUCGGGUGCGCUCAUCUGGAGAUGGAGAUGACCAAGCGCGCCUGCACGCACGCCGACUCCGCGGCGGAUUGCAGGAACUACGACGGCUUGGUGCACAGAAACGGCGGGGACUCGCCGGAGGUGUCGGUGCCGGUGUCGCUUCACUCCGCCGCCGGCAAGAGGGCGGCUCAAAUGGAGGGGGACGACCUGUACAGGCUGCGGGACAGAAAGUUCUUGCUGGAGGACAAGAAGCGACUGUGCGCGCUCGCUUUGGGCGCAGCUCUGCUCGGAAUACUGCUGAUGAUCCUCCACACCGAGAUGUGCCCGUUCUUCUACAAACCGGGCACGAACAUCGCCUUGAUCGUCAACUGUUCCAUCAGCCUCUCCACCGGCUGCCUGCUCGUCUUCAUCAUCGCGUUCCAUUACAAGGACAUCCGGCUCUUCAUCAUCGAUCAGAACCAGGUGGACUGGCGCAUCGCCAUGACCAGCCACAGGGUCUUCGUGAUCACGCUGGAGCUAUUGGCCUGCGCCAUCCAUCCCGUGGGCACGUACUGGGAGGUGGGCCUCCACGGCAACUCGUCUUUCUCACCUCCGCUGUGCGACUCCAACCACCGCAACACGGCGCUGGCGGACCUGGAGCUGCUGCUGUCGGUGCUGAUGUUCCUGCGCUUGUACCUGGUGCACCGGGCCGUCCUGCUGCACAGCAAAGUGCUGCUGAGCGCCUCCUACAGGAGCAUCGGCUCGCUCAACAACAUCAACUUCACCUUCCGCUUCGUGCUGAAGGUGCUGAUGAACAAGUACCCGGCGCGCACCUUGCUGGUCUUCAUCCUCCUCUUCUGGCUGACGGCGUCCUGGAUGCUGACCCUGUGCGAGAGGCAAACCCCGGGCUCGACGGACCACAUGGAAACGGCCCUGUGGCUCAUCGCCAUCACCUUCCUGACGGUGGGCUACGGCGACGUGGCGCCCAACACUCGCUGCGGCAAGUCGGUGUGUCUCUUCACGGGAGUCAUGGGUGUAGCCUGCACCGCCAUGCUGGUCGCCGUGGUAACCAAGAAGCUGGCUUUGAAUAAAGGAGAGAAGCAUGUGCACUUUUUCAUGCUGGACAUCCAGAUCUCCAAAGGGAUCCGCCACGCCGCUGCAAACGUGCUGCGGGAGUGCUGGCUCCUGCACCGAGCCAACCUGACCAAAGGAACGCGGGGAGCGCACCGGAGACACCAGAGAUGUCUUCUGGAGGCCAUCAGAGUAUUUCGUCACUUGCGCCUCAAACAGAGAAAACUGCGGGAUUACGUCAGCGAGAUGGUGGACCUCCCAAAGAUGCAGAUGAUCAUGUGCGACCUCAGCGCCAAUUGGAACAACUCGUAUCGGGAGCUGGAGCAGCGUAUCCUGUCCAUGGAGCAGAAACUGGAAGAGCUGAGCCGCUGCUUCCAAGAAACCUCAAAGCUGCUGUCUCAGGUCCUACGUCACCGCAACCAGGAGAUCAGAGCUACUAUUUCUACAUGCUUCCACCGUUCGAAGGAGCUGCACAAGCUCCUACGCAGUCACCUCCAGGCCCGGUCUCGAGCGCCCUUCACCAAACUCGACCGGGGAAGAUUUCGUCGAGAGCUUUCUAAUCGACGCCGCCAAACCCCAAGACUUGCGCUCGAUUCUUUUUUUUUUUAUUACAACACGCCAUUAUUUAAAGGCUCGAUUGGACUCAUCUUUGCCUUAUUUAUUUUUAAACUUUUUUUUUUCUAAAUAUUACGUUUCGUGACAGCCGUACAGAAGUUAAAACGUUUCAACACAAAUCCAACUAAAAGGGAAAAAAUGCAAUGUUGCAUUGUAAGAAAACAAACUUUAUUUCAUUUUUUUUAACCUCUUGGCAUGUUCAUCUCAAAUGUAAGGCUGUCAUUAUGGGAUGCAGGAGAUGUAGUUUCCUCUUGUGUGGGGACAAUGACAACAGCGUGCAAACUGACUGCUUCUCAGUGGCUCAACUGCUCCCCCUGGCGGACAUUGAAUCGGUUAAACCCGUGUAAUUAAAAUAACAUUUACAUAAAGAACCCAUGAAUAAUUGUGUAACAGUUGAAAACUUGAUAUUUGACAUACAGUGAACCCCCGCAUUUCCGCUUUGACCAUUCACUUUCUUUUUAAACUACCCUCCAAUAUUCUCUGAGAAACGAACGGUUUUUGUGCUUAGAGCAAAGCAAUUAAUUGUCUCACUUCGAUCACAAAUGGAAUGUUCUGGUUGUCUUAGAAGACCUUCCACCUCUCAUUCUAGCGGCCUUCGUCAGUUCAUGCAUAACGCCAGCAAGGGCAGACGAACCGAGGUCCGUGUGGAAAACUCCAAUAUUUAUGCUCCAUUUUAGUGGCACUCCCCAAACCAUGAAUGGCAUCAUUACUUUCGAAAUGCAAAACGAGUUGUUUAGAUCGUUUGCCGAUCGCACCAUCUUUCAACAGGAAACCUCCUCAUUAAUAAUCCAACCAUUCAUUUUCCAAGCCGCUUAUGCUCAUACGGGUCGCAGGAGCCUAUCCCAGCUAAUAUCGGGCGAAAGGCGGGCUACACCCGAACUGGUUUUCAGUCAAUUGCAGGGCACACAUCGACACCAUCACUGACUUUGAAUCAAUCCCACACUCCCUGCACCAAAGUUAGCCGUGUGUACCACUACACCACCAUUGACUCCCAUUAAUAUAGCAUUCAGUUAUUAAAAGACCUUAUUUUUGCUAGCUCUCUGACGGCAGAAUUCACCCUGAGAAUGAAAUGACACAUAUUCAGCAAAGUAUUAGUUUGGCACGUUCUGAUGGAAUAUCGCCAAGAUUAAUUCUGUUACAAUGUUUCAAAAGCUGCCUUUGUGAUGUCAUGUUCCGAUGGCAGCUCUUCAUUUCCUUAAUGCACCGGGUGCACAUUAUUGUUAUUAUUGUAUGCCCACGUGUGACGGUCAAGUCAGCUUGCGCUAGCAUGCUAGCUGAUUCUAUUGAUGAGCCUCAUGUGAAGGUGAUUUAUUUGUGCUAAUUUAAUUUCUGAAUACAGCCAGUUAUGUCAUGUGUAUCCUAGUAGCAUGGCGUUAAUGCGUUAUGAUGUUUAAGUUCUUUGCUGUCAUCUUGUGGCAUCUAUAUGCAAUUACAUUUUUUGUGGGGGGGGGGGAAUCAUUUAAAGGGGAAAUCCAGUGGUUUGCAGUAACAAUGUAUCCAAUAGGUCAUGUAAUAUGUACUCCAUGUACUUAACAAUGUGACGUUAAAUCCUCUCUCAUUUAUGUCCAGCGCCGAUUUCUCGGAUUUAUCCUCAUCUGGUGAAGAAAUAGCAGUAUCAGUUGAUCGCGAAGACGGAGGAAUACUUCCGUACAGAUUUGAACCUGUGGCUGCAAAUAAUGCCGCCGAGCAGUAAUGUUGAAUAUUCGGAUGGUUCUUCGGGCGAAAUAAUGCAGAGUGUGACGCGCGACCUCCGCCGAGCGGCGACGCCGUGAGCUCGCAGUAUUCCUCGUCUUCCCGAUCAACCGAUACCGCUAUUUCUUCACCAGAUGAGGAUAAAUCGGAGAAAUCAGCGCUGGGCAUAAAUGGUGUCCCAUGUAAUCGAGCGUUUGGAACGGCACGUAACACGUCACAUACGCCCACGUAGGUCAUUUGACUCGCGAAAAUGGCAGCGCCCCUGAAAAUUCCCAAUUGUCGAUAAAAUAUUGUCAAAACGCUAUUAAAUGAGAGAGGAUUUAACAUCACGUUGUCAAGAUCGAGUACAUAUUACAUGACAUGUUGGAUACGCUGUUAAUGCAAACCACUGGAUUUCCCCUUUCAUGUUUCCAUUUGUGUCUUUCUCCUGCGAAUAGCGAGGGUUCACUGUAAAUCUUCAAUUGAAACCACCAAAAAUAAAAUCCAAAUACCGUAA